CGUGGUCGAGCCGUCGUCGCGUUCCGCCUUGGGAGAGCACCUAGCUUGAGAGAGCUGGAGCGCUGCUCGGCCGAUUUGGGGCUGCAGGACUGGCGCAAGCGGUACGGCUGGAUACGUUCGAGUCCUCAGCGUUCUCAGGCCUUCGUUUGUCCCCUCCAACCAGCCACGCUCGGCCGUGGUGAAAACUAGUGUGUCGACACCUAGGUUUUUCGUCGACAAACUUGCCGUGCGAGCCCCCAACAGAGGUGCAUUUGACGGUCGCGUGGCGCACUGGUCGCGCUACUGCUCAGCACAGUAAGUGCCGCCUGCGGCUACGCGUUUAAUCCACAACUGCAGCACUCCACACACCGAGCGAUAUUGCUGCACGCGCACGCGCGAAGGCAUAGCUGGUACCGUCGCCGCCGCAUCGAGCGACAUCGCUGCGGCACGCUGCUCGCUGUGCGAGCAGCACACGAACGAACAUAAAACUGCGGACGCUGCACGCUGCACCGCGAUGGCCACCGACAAAAAGAAGAAGGAGAAGAAGAAGCUGCCCAAGAAGCGCUCGAGUAAGGCACCGAAAGUCGCCCUCGCUGAUAGUGAUGACGAGGGCCCGCCCGUCCCGACGAAGAAGCAGUCGGCGCUCAAGGGCUCGCUAGCCGAGAAGAUGAUGCAAAGUAUGGGCUGGAAGGAGGGCGAGGGCCUGGGCAAGAACAAGCAGGGCAUCACGGACCACGUCGCUGUGGUGAAGAGGAGAGAAAACGAGGGUCUUGGCGCGGAGCACGCGCGCGAUAGUGGCGGCAACGCGGCCUUCGGCGCGACGAGCGCGGGGUUUGCUGCUGCGUUAUCCGCGCUGUCGUCGAAGUACGGCGGCGAUGAUGCGGAGGAGGCGGAGGCGCCGCCGCCGCCGCGCAAGGCGGGGGGGCGCUUCAUCGCGAAGCGCGCGCACCACAAGAAGAAGGACGUGCGGACCGUGUCUGGCGAUGACAUGAGGGCUAUCCUCGGCGGGAGUUCGCCGACGAAGAAGCGUCCCGUUGAGGAGGACGCUGAAUCGCGGCGCGCGCGGAAGGAGGAGAAGCGGCGGAAGAAGGCGGCGAAGAAGGCUAGGAAAGAGGGUAAGGCGUGA